AUGGAACAAGGUAACGAAGUUGGUGAUUAUCAUCCGCCACUGCCGCCGAUUAGGCGGUUGAGGACGAUGGAAUACCUUGGUUCUCCUCCUCCGCCGAGACAAUGUCCUCGUUGUCAUUCCAAUGACACCAAAUUUUGCUAUUUUAACAAUUACAACGUGAAUCAACCAAGGUAUUACUGCCGGACAUGUAAGCGCCACUGGACUCAUGGUGGUAUUCAGCGUGACAUCCCCAUUGGCGGCAGGUCCCACAAGGGAAAGAGAUCUACCCACCGGUACGAGAAUAAGAGGGUUCAGCCAUCGCCACCUCAACUUCAACAAUCUUGUCCACAAGCAAAUGUGGCCCCACUAGCUUUCAGUCCUUUGGCGCUUCCUCCGGUGAUGACACCUUAUCGUGUUGAAAAUGGGUAUCUCAAUACGGUAAACCCACUGAGAAGUAUUGAGCCACUACACAACUCAAGCCAAAACAUUUUCCAGCCUACUACUAGGCAUUAUGGUUCAAUGACCCAGAAUUUCUUCUUGAACAAUAAUGAUGGAGCUAGUUCAUCUAACUCCAUUCCAUUGAAUGCCUCCGUAGACCACAACACCACCAUGGCCGAUAGAUAUACAAAUGUUGGUUGGGGUUCAUUGAUAGCGAACCCGAAUGAUUGGUUGGACUUCUCCAGUAGCUUUGACCCAUCAUCAUGA